CUGCCUGCCCCCAGUCCUCCCGCAGCGCCGCGUCUCCCAGAGCCAAGGAGCACGGGGGUCUUCAUCCCUCCGGUGGAGUGCCAGUAGAGGCCCACGCUAAUCCCACGCCUCCUAUGAGCACUGAGAAGGAGAGCCGUCCUCCGGGUGCGCUGAGGCGCGUGGAAGACGACGCGGGACUGGAGCGCCCACCCCCGCUGGAGUCGUGGGACAAGAACAUUUUGAAAACAACCAGCAGAGCAGCGUUAAAUACUGUCUGCGGGAGGACACAGACCACUUCGGAUCGGUGUGACAGUGCAGACAGGCACCCAGGUGUCACCUGGACCCCCGAUGAGCAGAAAUUCCUGGGGACCUUCUGUGACAAUUGCGAGCUUCUGGGGCAGCAGUGGCCUGGGCCCCUGUCGCCGACGGAUAACUUCUCCGGAAAGCUGCUGGUGGCUCAGGCGGCCCUCGUGCUUGGGGGCGAGCCGUAUUUCCCGCCGCUAGUCCUUUGGACGCUGUUCAGCCGGUUUGAAAGCUGCACCUGUCCCUCAGUGGGCUCCUGCAUCGUGAACGUACAGAUGCCCUCCUGCCCCUCGGGAUGGCAGCGCUCUGCAGAGGACGUGGCCCCCAAGUGGUUUCCAGGGACCGAGGUCACGUCGGCCACUGUCACGAUGGGAGCCCCCAUCAAGGCAGCUGCAUCUGCUCAGACCCGCACUCCGGCCGCACCUUCUCCCACCUUACCCAGAAGCUCCCUCAGCCACAGUGGCUCAGCAUCCUGGUCUCGUCCCAAGCAGCUCUGUCCCCUCGCUCAGUGUCACCCUGGAGCCAUCUCCGUGCAAGUUCCCGCUGACGCGGUGGAUCCCACCAUCUGUGACUUCCCAGGCACCGACGCUCAGGCACCUCCGAGUCUGGGGUUCCGGGUCCAGGUGGCUUCCCAAGCACCUCUGUGUCUGGCGAUGGAUUUCGGGGACAGCUCUGGGGUUCAAGUGACGAUCCGCAAUGUGUCCGGAGGAAUGGCGGUCACCGCCUACCACCAGUUCGGGAAAGAAGGAGUCUAUGCGCUGCAGGCGCUUGUGUACAAUGAGUUUUGUGGAACCGAAAAGGAGCUUGGGCCUUACUUUGUGGAGAUCGGCCCUGCGACCGUGUCCGUGUUCAUGAAUUCCAGCAGCACCCACAAGGAUGAGCUUCUUGCCUUUGCAGGCGCCCGCACGGGUCAGAAAGGCACCAUUGUCUCACAUCGAUUUCCAGCCGGUCCCUCGUGUGACGUGUCCUUCACUUCUCAGAGUGGAGCAGGGGGCGGCCAGGCUUGGCCCCGCGUGACGGUCAGAUAUCACAUGCAGCCCGUCUCUGUCUACACAAACGGAACCGUGUUUGCCACUGACGCCCACAUCACUUUUCUGGCUGUUACCGAGGAGACGACCCCCCUGGAGUUUGUGUGGUCAUUCGGAGACGGUCUCCCUGUGAGGACAACUUCUAGGAGCAUUAAGAAAAGACUCAGCGUCCCCCAGUGGUACAGCGUGACAGUGCGGGCCGCCAGCAGGCUGGGCAGCGUGGCCUCGGAGCCCCGCCGCAUCAGGGCGCAGAGAAGGAUCGUUGCCAGCCGGCUCGCAUCCCCCUCCUCGGCUCUGCUGAACUCCAGCGUGGCCUUUGAGUGCAGACUCAACUUCGGCACCGACGUCACUUUCCUGUGGGACUUCGGGGACGGCACCGUGGGCCUGGGGGACAGCUCCGCCAGUCACACCUACAGCAGGGAAGGACAGUUCACCGUCCAGGUCCUUGCCUUCAACGAAGUCAGCGCUGCCUCCCUGAGAAAGCAGCUGUUCGUCGUGCGUGAGCCCUGCCAGCCGCCCCCUGUGAAGAACAUGGGGCUGGGAAAGGUGCAGGUGUGGAGGUCUCAGCCUGUGACCCUGGCUGUGACGUUCGAGUCUGCGAUCCUCUGUGACAUCUCCCAAGGCCUCUCCUACACCUGGACCUUCUGGAACUCCCAGGGCUGGCCGGUGGCCCUGCCCCCCACUGUCAGCACACACAGGCAGAUGGUCACUGUCCCCAGCUACUUCCUGGAGCCCGGGAACUACACCGCUCUUGCCAGGGUUCAAGUGGAAGGCAGCAUCGUGCACAGCAACUACAGCCUGGCGGUGGAGGUGCGAGCCAGGGCCCCCAUCAGCGUCAUCUCCGAGGGCACGCACCUGUUCAUCUCCAGAGCCCCUGCGUUCACCGUCGUCCUCACGGGCUCCCAGUCCUACGACCCAGACUGCCCGGGGGCCGCCCUCAGCUAUCACUGGAAAUGCACUGCAGCCAGCAGCCCCGGGCACUCCUGCUUCGCCACCUCCUCUCCACGCAGCCUGGAUGCCGGGGCUCCCUCCCUUGCCUUCCCUGCGGACUCUCUCAGCGACAGCUAUGACCAGUUUCUUGUGACGCUGACGGUGUCCAGUGCUGGCCGGAACUCUUCAGAGGCACAGGUGUUCCUGUCCCCUCGCCCCGACUCGGCACUCAGAUUCGUCCACAUCUCCUGGGUCAGCUUUAAGGACGUGUUUGUUAACUGGAACGAGGAACUUUCUUUUCAAGCCGAGUGUGACGACUGUGGUGAAGGGCCCCAUCUGUCUUACUCCUGGGACCUCUUCCUGGUCAACGCGACAGAGAGGACCCGAAUGGAAGUUCCCUUUUGUAGAACAGCAGGGCUGCUGGGCGCUGCCGGACUGGGGGCCGUUUCGAAGCUGCCAGAGUCCAGUCCACCGUCCACGGAGCCGAGCUGGCUGGAGCCCCAUGCAAUGGGCACGCCGUCUUCACGGGAGCCAUCACCACAGACCCAGGGCCAGCCAGUCCUCUCGGCUGCACGGAAACCCUCCUCAGGGCCCAAGGUCGGCAGGCACUGGGUUCCUGCUAUGGUGGAGCCCGGCCCCCCUGGGAGUUCGUCCCUGCAGAGCCCAUCCCCCUCCCCCUCUGAUUUUGAAGCCUAUUACAGUGAUAUUCAAGAAGCUGUGCCGCCCAGAGGGAGACAGCCCGCCGACUCGCCCUUCCCGGGUUCAGGCUCAAGUUUGAGUGCCGCUGGGGGCCACAGGGACGGGGACAACCUGCUGGACCCCUCGGCCCCCCUGGCUGCUGCCAAGCCCACCCUCACAGUGGACUGGCCCAAGUCACCGGUCGGCCGCACUCGCUUCCACGGCUAUACCUCCUCUGGUAUCACAGGACACAUGGUAACGAUAAAGCCGUUCUCACUGAGCCCUGGGGACACGUACGUCCUGCAAGCCUCCGUGGCUUCCCCGCACCGGGUACUGGGGAGAGCUCAGCUGUACGUGACGCUCAAUCCGGCUCCACAGAACGUGGCCUGUCAGGUGCAACCACAUCGCGGCCUCGAGGCUCACACCAUCUUCGGCAUCUUCUGCAUGUCGGGGAGACCGGACUUCCGUUACAAAUUUAGUUACCGGAUAGGAAAGGCCUCCAAACGCACUCUGUACCACGGCAGAGACAGCCAGUACUACUCUGCGCUGCCAGCCGGCGAGCGCUUGGACGGCUAUGAAGUCACAGUGUCCACUGAGAUCACAGAUGGCACAGGCUCCCAGGUGCCACUGUGUGCCGUGACAGUGACCGUGCUGCCCCGUUUCCACGGGAAUCUCUGCCUGGACGAGGACACCUAUAACUCCAGCCUGAAGCACCUCUCCACCCUUCAGCUGAUGGGCAGUUACACAGAGAUCAGGAACUAUAUCACCAUGAUGACAAGGGUCCUGACUCGUUGGGCUGCAGAGGACCGAAGUCCCUCGUGUGGCCAAUGGUCACGAGUACAGGAUGCGCUGAUCUCUUCUGCGAGCAGACUGCCUUCCGCAGAUCAGCAAGAAAUGAACGAUUCCGUUCUCAUGUUGAGGGACCUCCUACGCUUCCCUCAUAAGUUAAGCUUUAAGAGCGCAGUUCUCAUCCUCAAAGCCGCCCGGGCGCUCCUGGCUCAGAAUCUGCUGUCGGGGAGGCUCGUGGUGGACGAAGGGCCGAUGCUUGAGCUCAUCCUGCUGGUGUCCGAGGUCUUGGAGGCAUCUGACCAGGAAAAACCAAGGAGUGCAGGCUACCUACAAGAGGAGGGGAUUAAGGUCAUCUCGGAUCUCUUGUUGGAUGGCCUCUCUGCAAACGAGGAGAAUCAGCUCCACGUCAGCGCUGGGCACAUGGAGUUCCACGUGCUUCUUCAUCGUGACCUGCAGAGCUGCGUGCAGAGCCUGGGCUCCGUCCAGGUGCAUUUACCUGCAGACCUGGCUGGAUGGGAUCCUGCAGGGGUGGAAAUGCAGAGCCCCUGCUACAUUAGCCAGCUCGUGCUCUUCAAGAAGAACCCGUAUCCAGGGGGCCGAGCUCCUGGUCAGAUCGGCCAGGUGGUCGCCCCGUCCCUGUUCAGCUGCUUUAGCAGGAGACCCAUCAGCAGGUGGCGGCUGAGGGAGCCCGUGACCGUGGAGUUCGGGGAGGAUGACGGCCUGGAUAACAUAGAUAAGGCGACGUUUGUGCUGCUGCGGGAUAGAGUGAACGUUCAUCAGUUCUUCGGGCGUUCUGCAAACCCCCAGGAAUCUCUGCACAUAAGGAUAGAAUUUUCUAGGCCCGUCUCAAGAGCUUUCCCGGUCAUGGUGUUGGUAAGGUUCUCUGAGAAACCUACCCCUUCUGAUUUUCUCGUGAGAAAGGUCUACAUCUGGGGUGAGCAGACGGUGCACGUGUACGUACCUGCUGGUCCUCUGAGAGACACCAACAUGGGAUAUUUGUCCUUACUAGACGCUGACUAUGACAGAAGCCCUCCAAGCAAGUAUUCCGUGCAGGCAGUGAACUACACGGUGCGUUUCCAGGGGGUCCAGUGCCUCUUCUGGGAAGCGAGCGGGUGGAGUUCUGCGAGCUCCUCGCCACAGCCAGGAGCGUCUCCAGAGAAAGUGACCUGCAGCUAUGACCGCUUCGCCCCGGUCUCUGUUGCGAGAAGAAACCUGAACGCCAGCAUUUCAGUGAGUGACAUUUCCCAGUGGCAGAGACACCCAGAGAAUCUGCUUCCCAGUGUUUUGAUUGUCAUUUUUACGAUUCUUUAUGCACUUCUGGUUACUAAAAGCAGAUGUGUAGAUCGUCAUGAGAAGAAGAAAGCUGGUUACAUUUUUCUGCAAGAAGAUGCCCCCGCCAGCCGCCAGCUGUACGCGGUUGUCGUGGACACAGGCUUCCGGUCUCCCGCCCGCUGUAGUGCCAAGGUUUACAUCGUUCUAUGUGGUGAGAAUGGGUUUUCAGAACCCAGAGAACUCUACUGUCCAGAGAAGCCCCUGUUUGAAAGGAAUUCCAGACACACUUUCGUCCUGAGCGCCCCCGCUCUGCUGGGCCGGCUCCGGAGGAUCCGCCUCUGGCACGACAGCCGUGGGCCCUCCCCGGCCUGGUACGUGAGCCACGUCGUGGUGGGAGAGCUGGCCCCCCGGCACGGGCGCAGCUGGCUCUUCCCCGCCGAGUGCUGGCUGGCAGCGAGCCGGCGGGAUGGCCGCGUGGAGCGGGAGCUGGGCUGCCUGCGCCGGGGUCUCGGCUUCUGGAAGCUCUUGUAUUCAAAGUUCACAGAGUAUCUGGAAGAUUUCCACAUCUGGACGUCCAUGUACAGCCAGCCCUCCCCCAGCGGCUUCCCGCACACCGCACGCCUCACUGUCGCCUUCGCCUUGCUGUGCACGUACGCGUGUCUCGCUGCCCUGCUCACAGCUGCAGGACAGGAGCAGCUCCCAUGGGCUCUCGGCGACCCCGAUGCCGCCACCGGGUCCUUCCGGACGGGUCUCCUGUGCACCCUGCUGGCUUCUCCCGGGGCGCAGCUCUUGUCCCUGCUCUUGAGGCUCAGCCAGGAAGCCAGCAGUCCUUCCCGCGCGCAGCCCCACCUGCCCCUAAGAAGAGCGCCCGUGGAGGCAGAUCAGGGCCCUCACGCCCGUGGAAGGACGGCAGACGCCCAGGAAACGCACGAGGCUCAUGGUCUCUCGGAGCAUGCCAGGGCCCGCAGGAGGGCAGCAGAGGGUGGCCGUGUGGGCUGUCCGUCCCCAGAGCAGGAGGCCCGUGGAGCUGACCCUGGCCAGCAGCCUCCAAGGGAGAAGGGGACCCGCGGCGCUCUCUGUGUGCAAGCCCCCAACAGCAGGUUUGGAGGACUCGCUGCACUCCGGUGGCCGCGGGCACUGCCGCCUUGGUCAGGCUCUGCGGUGUGGGCCAUUUGCGGGAUGUUCUCCAUGGCCUGUGGCUUAGGGACGGCGUUUCUGGGAUACAGGUUCAACCCGACGCAGUGUGUGCGCUGGCUGCACCUGCUGACACUCUCCGUGCUGUGCUGUGUCUUCGUCACGCAGCCACUUCUGGUGGGCCUCGUGGCCUUGGGCUUUGCCUGGAGAAGGAGGGACGACCCGCACUUUUUCACCGAGUCUCUGCGCGCAGCCACCAAGGACCUAGACUCUGAACUGGAGGAGCAUGCGAGGUCCCGUGUGCCCCUCCGUGCAAGCCAGAUGGAGGAGGUGAGCACUGUCGUCCCACAGAUGUUGGCUGCCCGACAGCGAGCACGCCGCCUGCGCCGAGCACGUCCACCAUCCGCAGCCCAGCUCAGCAUCAUCAGGGAGAAGAUGAGAAGAGAGACCCAGACACGGGUGGCUCUGAGAGACGGUUGCAUGUACGCGCUCAUGCUGUUUCUGCAUGUGUUUAUACUUUGUGGGAGAUGCUCCCGGCAUGAAUACUCCCUCAGUCAAGCCAUCCGGAAGGAGUUUACAAGGGGUACCAGGAGCGCCUCCGGUGGCCUGCGGAGUGUGGGGGACUGGUGGGGCUGGAGUCUGACCACGCUGCUGGACGGUCUGCAUGGGGGAGGCACGUCCGCAGCCGGCCCGCCGGGCGCUCAGCCCGGAGCCCUUGGCGGGAAAUGCUACCUGCUGGGCACUCUGGUGAUCCAGCAGCUGAGAGAGCCUUCUGGCAGCACGUGCGAGCUUCCCAGCCGGCCUUCAGUGCUUACUGAAGAUUCUCCUCCUCCACAUGGCCCCGGAGUCGGAGGCCCUGACGCCCCCUCCGCGACAGAUCCCACCAUCCAAAGAGUGGCCCCUAGCGGUCCCAGAGGCUGUGGGGCGAGGGAGCCCUGGGUGCUCAGCCUGGGCAGCACAAGGCCGGCAGCCCACGCAGCCCUGAGCGGCCUCCGGGCCAGUGGGUGGAUCGACCACAGCACCAGAACCGUGUUGGUGCACUUCGCUCUCUAUAACCCUCCCACUCGACUCCUGUCCAGCGUGUCCCUGCGUGCCGAGCUGCUCCCUGCGGGGGGUCUGGCCCUCUCCCCACUGGUGGAGUCGCUGGCUGUCUUCCACAAUGACUCGGCCCUGUGGUCCAGCCCCACGCUUCCCGAGCUGGCCUUCCUGCUGCUCAGCCUGACUCACGUCUGCUUGCAACUCUACCGCGUGGCCGAGAAGGGCGUCUGCAACUACUGGCGCAAGCCAGGGAACUGGCUGGAGCUCGCCAUAGUGGGAGCCAGCCUCGCCUGCCAUGCAGCCUCCAGCCACCUGGCCAUGCUCACUGGGGAGGUGAUGGACGACUUCCACAGAGGACGCUUCCGAGGAUCUCUGGACCUCAGUCUCGCAGCCUCGUGGAAUCAGAGGGUGACCUGGCUCCAGGGGACCCUUUCGCUCCUCCUGACGCUGAAGGUCAUCUCCCUCGUGGGCAUCCAGAGCACGAUGGCGUCCUGCUCCUUCCUGCUGCGUCGCUCGCUCACUGGCGUCUACACGGCAGGGCUGGCAGGCAUCCUGACACUGGCCGCGCACUGGCACCUGCGUGCAGUACCGCCGGGCAUCUUCGCAGACUUCUCCCGAGGCCUGCUGUUCCGUCUUCCAGGAAGAAGCCAAACAGACACAUCCCGUGGUCUUUCCGAGUCUGACCUGUGGGCCCCGGCUUGGUGCUGCGGGGCCCUUUUCAUAGUAGUGAGCAUGGCAUGGUGGGGAAUGAUGAGAGGUUCCCUCGCGACUCUUGCUCGAAAACGAAAAUCUUUUCAAAGCCAAUCCCUCGUGAGGCUGGCCGACGUGACUGCCUGUGUGCGGGGGGCGGUCCUGGCAUGGCUGGGACUGGAGAGGCCACGGCGGGAAGAGGCCGAGCUGGCUGAGAGGCGUAAUUACUCCCUGGAUGAAGUUUCCGAUCUACUAGAUGAACUUUUGUGGAAGAUUCAUGGUUUGUCCGGCAGCCUACAACGUCCUCUCCCAGAGCGGCGAUUCGGUGCUGGAGAGACCAGGGCAGAAGGCCAUCCCUCGGUGGGCGUUUCUGCCGAACAAGCCACUGGGCCGCCAGGCACAGAGGACUGUUGGCAGCCUGGUGCCACGCCAGGGCGCUCUGGAACACCGUCUCACUGAACCCACACGACACACGACGCCGUCUGCCGCAGACAUCCGGGUUUUACAAGGACAAGAGCCAAGAUUCCAGGAAAGCACCAAUGAUUCCAGUUCACACAAGUAUAUAGAAAACGAAGUCACAAUCAAGGUUUGUCUAUCACUAGACCAUCACUCAAAACCCUCUUCCCAACAGUUCCAAUUGGGAUAAGAUUCCAGCUCUGCCGUUUUCCAGAUGGUUCCUUUCCCAGCUGCCCUAGAGCUAGGUAUUAUUAUAUUUGUUUGCUUAUUUGUUUUACGGAAUCCAUCCUGGUAUCAAAAGACUAUCAUCUUAUUUUGUAAAGUUUCUGUUCUAGCUGUGAGUCUCGGUUCCUAUAAGUUAGCACAUAAAUCUAAUAAAUGCAAUGAAAUGGACUGGGACGGGGGCACCUGGGUGGCUCAGUCGAUUAAGCAUCUGAUUCUUGAUUUUCGCUCAGGUCAUGAUCUCAGGGUGGUGAGAUCGAGCCCC